AUGCCCACCAAAUCAUCUUAUCCGGACAUUGAGAUCCCCAAUGUCGACCUUUGGGGUCUGAUGUUCGAGCAACCCCGGGAUUUCCCCGAUUCCCAAGUCAUUUACCGUUCUGUGGACUCAUCGCGGCACUACACGUGGGCCGAUGUGAAGGAAGCUGCCACGGCAUUUGGGGGUGGUCUCCGUAACCUCUGGGACUGGGGGAAAGGCGACGUGCUGAACAUCUUCGCGCCAAACGACGUCGACUUUGCACCGAUCGUUUAUGGCGUCUUCUUCGCUGGUGGCAUCGUGUCACCCGCGAAUCCCGCGUAUUCAGCCGAUGAGCUGACUUUCCAGUUAUCCAAUUCUGGGUCGAAGGCGAUUGUGACGACGACUGAUUUCUUGGAGACGGCUCUGAAAGCGGCCAAGAUGUCCAACAUCCCCGAGGACCGCGUGAUAUUGUUGGGCAGCAAACGAGAUCCGUCUCACAGAGUCAAGCACUGGACCAACAUCCGCAAGACGUCGGGCGCGACUCGCUAUAGACGACGCAAGAUGGACCCGGACAACGAGCUCGCUUUUCUCGUGUACAGCUCAGGGACGACUGGUCUCCCCAAAGGCGUCAUGCUGAGUCACCGCAACAUCAUCGCCGACGUCCUGAUGAUUAAAGGAGCCAUGGGCAAGUGGUACUCGAGUGGUAAGGACAAGAUUCUGGGGGUCUUACCAUUCUACCACAUUUACGGCCUCACGGGGCUCAUUCAUCAACCUUUGCAUCGCGGUAUUGAGCUCGUGGUGAUGCCCGCGUUCAAUCUCGAGGUUUUCCUGAAGGCGAUUCAGGAGCACAGGAUCACCUUCAUUUAUGUAGCACCCCCAGUGAUCGUGCGACUGUCUCGGGACAAGAUUGUCGACGAGUACGAUCUGAGCAGUGUCAGGAUGAUCACCAGCGGCGCGGCUCCGUUGACUCGAGAGCUAGUUGAUGCAGUCCACAAAAGGCUGAAGAUCAAGAUCAACCAAGCCUAUGGAUUGAGCGAGACCUCUCCCAUGACGCACACCCAGCCCUGGGAUGAAUGGUACUCGUCCGUGGGAAGUGUUGGGAAGAUGUUUCCAAGUAUGACAGCCAAGUAUAUGUCACCCGACGGUAAAGAACUGGGGGCGGGAGAGGCAGGAGAACUGUGGCUAUCCGGACCGAACGUUUUCAAGGGGUAUUGGAAAAACGACGCCGCAACUAAAGACGCCAUCACGGAGGACGGCUACUUCAAGACCGGUGACGUGGGUUACCAGGACAAAGACCACAAUUUCUACAUCACGGAUCGAGUCAAGGAGCUCAUCAAGUACAAGGGGUUCCAGGUGCCCCCAGCAGAGCUCGAGGGGAAGCUGAUGGAUCACCCUGGGAUCAACGACGUGGCUGUAAUCGGGGUGUACGACGAAUUCCAACACACUGAAGUGCCAAGGGCCUACGUGGUAGCCAGUGAUCGCAGCAGGACCAGUGAAAAGGACGCAGAAGAGAUCGUGCAAUGGCUGGCUAAGAAAGUGGCCAAUCACAAGAGGCUGCGAGGCGGCGUGAGAUUCAUAGACGAGAUACCAAAGAGCGCUGCGGGUAAGAUCCUCCGGAGAUUGCUGAAGGAGAAGGCCAAGGAAGAGGACGCCGGGGGCAAGGUGAAGGCGAAGCUAUAG